GGUUGGGGGGGGAGGGGAAGGAUGGAGGGAAGAGGGCCAGGGUGGGGGGCACACCCCCCACCAACAAAAUUAAUUUGGGGCACUAUCCACUGAAAUGUACUACUUCAGGAGAAAGUGGGUUAUUUGGACUAAGCUAGGGAAAAGUGAGAAGAGAAGAAUGGGGAAAAGAAGGACAAAGGGGACUAAGAAAGAACAGAAGAAAGGGAGAAGAGUGAUAAGGAGAAAAGAGAGAAGAGGAGGACAUAUGAAGAGGAUAUUUGGGAAAAAGACACGUGGAACAGACCUAGAAUAUCACGACAUAAUGGGAGCAUUUUUAGACAAGCCAAAGAUGGAAAAACAUAACGCCCAGGGGCAGGGUAAUGGGUUGCGGUAUGGGCUAAGCAGCAUGCAAGGUUGGCGAGUUGAAAUGGAGGAUGCACAUACGGCUGUGAUCGGUUUGCCAAGUGGACUUGAAACAUGGUCAUUCUUUGCUGUGUAUGAUGGGCAUGCUGGUUCUCAGGUUGCCAAAUACUGCUGUGAGCAUUUGUUAGAUCACAUCACCAAUAACCAGGAUUUUAAAGGGUCUGCAGGAGCACCUUCUGUGGAAAAUGUAAAGAAUGGAAUCAGAACAGGUUUUCUGGAGAUUGAUGAACACAUGAGAGUUAUGUCAGAGAAGAAACAUGGUGCAGAUAGAAGUGGGUCAACAGCUGUGGGUGUCUUAAUUUCUCCUCAACAUACUUAUUUCAUUAACUGUGGAGACUCGAGAGGUUUACUUUGUAGAAACAGGAAAGUUCACUUCUUCACACAAGAUCACAAACCAAGUAAUCCGCUGGAAAAAGAACGAAUUCAGAAUGCAGGUGGUUCUGUCAUGAUUCAGCGUGUGAAUGGCUCUCUGGCUGUAUCGAGGGCCCUUGGGGACUUUGAUUACAAAUGUGUCCAUGGAAAAGGUCCUACAGAGCAGCUUGUCUCACCAGAGCCUGAAGUCCAUGAUAUUGAAAGAUCUGAAGAAGAUGAUCAGUUCAUUAUCCUUGCAUGUGAUGGUAUUUGGGAUGUUAUGGGAAAUGAAGAGCUCUGUGAUUUUGUAAGAUCCAGACUUGAAGUCACUGAUGACCUUGAGAAAGUUUGCAAUGAAGUAGUCGACACCUGUUUGUAUAAGGGAAGUCGAGACAACAUGAGUGUGAUAUUGAUCUGUUUUCCAAAUGCACCCAAAGUAUCACCAGAAGCAGUGAAGAAGGAGGCAGAAUUGGACAAGUACCUGGAAAGCAGAGUAGAAGAAAUCAUAAAGAAGCAGGGGGAAGGCGUCCCUGACUUAGUCCAUGUGAUGCGCACAUUAGCAAGUGAGAACAUCCCCAGCCUCCCACCAGGGGGUGAAUUGGCAAGCAAGCGGAAUGUAAUUGAAGCCGUUUACAAUAGACUGAAUCCUUACAAAAAUGAUGACACUGACUCUACAUCAACUGAUGACAUGUGGUAAAACUGCUCAUUUAGCCAUGGAGUUUGCCUUCACCUCCAAAGGAGAGUACAGCUCAACUUCCUUGAACCUUUUAAACAUCCAUCCUCAACUUUAAAGAAGGACGUAUGACGUGGGUGAGAAUGGAUCACACCGGAGAACUCAGCAGUAUAACAGCUAGCCCAGGACUGAUUUUUUUUUUUUUUUUUUUUGUAAAUUUGAGACUUACGUAAACGUGAUUUCAAACCAUAAUUCAUGUUGUAAAUCAGACUCCAGCAAUUUUUGUUGUAUGAUUUUGUUUUUUGUAAAGUGUAAUUGUCCUUGUACAAAAUGCUCAUAUUUAAUUAUGAACUGCUUUAAAUCACUAUCAAAGUUGCAAAAAAUGUUUGGCUUGUUGUGUGAUGCAACAGAUACAUAGUCCUUUCAAGUCAUGUUGUGUUUGGACUUGGGAUCGGGACAGGGAGAACAGCAGCCAUGUCAGCUAGAUGCUCAAAUGUGCACACGAUUAUGGAGAAGAAUUCCAAAAUCCUACAAAGCCGAACAUCCAGGGAGUUAACCGAAAACUGUCUUGGCAGUGGGGUUGGCACUGUUGAUAAGCUGGUCCCUUCAUUUAACUGUCUUUUAGGUUGUUCUCGCCUUGUUGCCAGGAGUAUUGCAGGUAAUACAGUAUAUUCAUAAGAAUAUCAAUCUUGGGGCUAAAAUGCCUUGAUUCUUUGCACCUCUUUUAAAAGUCCUUACGUUGAAUUACUAAUUGAUAAGCAGCAGCUUCCUACACCUAGUAGGAGACUGCCACGUUUUUGCUAUCAUGAUUGGCUGGGCCUGCUGCUGUUCCUAGUAAGGUAUUCUGAAUUCCAUUUUAUCAAUAAAGCUUGAUUUAACAAACAAGAAAUUUAAUCAUGUAUGUGUAAUUCCUCCUUUACCCCACCCUUUUAAAACACCAUGCCAUUGUAAAUGAGAAGUUUCUCAUGGGGAAAGAUGUUAGUCUCUUUUAAUUGGGAAAUACUGUUACUCAAGGCACGGAUGGAACUGUUUCCCUUCCGUUGCAAAACUACAAGAUUUAAGUCUGUGGUUGUUUCUUAAUGUGUUUUUUAAUGGAUUUCUUUCUGGCUGCUUAUUUUUCAUUAAGAUGUGGAUCAGCUUGAAUUUGCCUACUGUUUAAUUAAAAUAGUUGUCAGAGCUUGACAAUCUAACACUCUAGUGGGGGUGUGUGUAGGUGUGUGUGUGUGUGUGUGUGUGUGUGUGUGUGUGAGGGUGUGUUUGCCUGAGAUUCUUAACUGGCCCAUGUCUUUAGAAUCCAAGUAGUUAAGAUGUAUUUGUGAUUUGAAAUAUAGCAUGUUGCUAAUAUUUAGCUGUUGGCCUUUAAAAAUAACUUUCAAAGCUUAAAGAAUUGUAGAUAUAAAAAUAACCUAAUUUAAUUUAGGCUUAAAUUCCUCUGAUUAAGCAUGUGAAAGUAAGUUUUUAAAUCUGUCACGCAGAAAAGACUACUGUUUUGUGACCUUCUGUAUUUUUGUCUGUCUAGGUUGGAUAUUGUAUUUAUUACCGUGUAAUUUAAUCAUUCAGUAGGCAGAUUCCCCACUAGAAAACUAUUAACAUGUAAGAUUACAGUACAACAUUGAACACAAAAUCGAAACUGUAUAAAAAGUAGUAUAAUCAGUUUUGUUAUAUUUGUUUUUUUUUCCCUAACUUGGAAAUAUACAUAUUUGUAUAUAUAGCCUUAAAACUAAUGUAAAGUUAGGGGAGUAGUGGGCAAGGUAAUGUGAAAUGUCUCAGAUAUAAGUAGUUACAUACCAGCAAAACCUUUCCAUUAUCCCUCUUAUUUGUGAGGCGAUUCAAUGUAAUUUAAUUGUAUUUAAUUUAUAACUCAAUCCAGCAUGAAUGAAGAAAAACACAUACUAUUUAUCUUUAGAAAUUCGUAACAGUUGGAAUUAUAGAACCAGUUCCAAACUUACGAAUAAAUGCUCAGUGUCUAAAUC